AUGAGUUACAUCCACCCCUCAUGGAACUAUCCCGCCCCCUCAGGGAUUCCAAUGGACCACAACAUGGCCUACGACCCUUCUAUGAUGCCCCCGCCGAUGAUGCAUCCCAUCGAUGGCUAUCUCUACCCUCAUCCGCCCAUGGAGAUGAUCGACUACUAUCACCAGCCCAUCAUGGACUAUGACGAAUACACAGAGAACCUCUCACGCCCGCGUUUGACCAAGGAGCAGGUCGAGACCCUUGAGGCUCAAUUCCAGGCUCACCCCAAGCCCAGCAGCAAUGUGAAGCGUCAAUUGGCUGCUCAAACCAAUCUGAGCCUGCCACGAGUGGCUAACUGGUUCCAAAAUCGGCGCGCCAAGGCCAAGCAGCAGAAGCGCCAGGAGGAAUUUGAGAAGAUGCAAAAGGCCAAGACCGAGGCCGAGGAGGCCGCCCGCCGAAAGUCCGAGACUUUGGAUCAACAUCUGUCCGAGUCGCGACAGUCAUCCUCCGCCCCGAAGGAAGAGUCCGAGCAGCCUCCCACCCCAAAACAAUCCUCCGCUACCCCCACCCCUACCCCCGAGAACGUCACACAAUCCGAUUCUCCUUCCAAGGGGAAGCACCACAAGACGAAGAGCGAGUCAGCUCGCGAGGCGACGUUCGCAUCCCUGCAGCGGGCCCUCAAUGCUGCCUGUGCGGCGCGCACCCGUUUCUCCCGCAAAGGCUCCCGCAAGCCGGAUCCCGUGCCAGAGGAAGAGCCCAUCUCGCCCACCUCCAUGGCCCCGCCAGCCGCGGCCCCUCAGAGGUCACACGAAAACAAGAGGCAACCGACCUACAACUCAGGGUACGCCGACUGGGCUGGCAUCAAGGAUGAAGCUUCCUGGGAACGGUCUCACCCUCAGCCAGAGACAUCCUCAUUCCACCACGCCAACCAACCCAUUCCUGAGGUGCCCACCUCUGCUCACUCUGUACAGCAAAAUGCAAAUGCUUACCCGGGAGCCCAAUACCAGACCGAGGAGUGGACGGAGGCCCAUAAGGAGCACAUGUCCCCUCGAAACAUGGGAACGGAUGCCGGCAUGGGCUACAACAUGCAAUACCCCAUGCAGGCACCCGAUAUCUCCGUCUCUCAACGGGAGUCGUCCGAUGCUUUGUCCACCACCCUGAACGGCAUUGGAAUCUGUACGUCCGAGUCGGGUAUGCCAGCGUUGAACAGAGCGGGUGGAUCGUCUUGGGAGAAGUCCGGUAAAGAACUCGAUCUCGCCGCGAGACGUAAACGCCCUCGCCCUGCUGCAAUUGGGACUUCCAACACCCGUUCGUUGGCCGCGUCGACUUCCAUGUCUUCCCUAUCGCCUACCAACCGGAUCCCAAGCUCCGGUGCCGGAAACUCGAUGAGACACUCCAAGUCGGCCCAGAGCCUCAACAACCGGUAUGCUGGUGUGCGGAAGGCCUCUGCUGCUCAGCGCUCCCCAUUGAAUUUCACCUUCGCCGAUAACUACUGCCUUUCGGCCCACUCCACAACUCAAUUCUUCCCGACCUCUCAGCCGAUGCAAGUCAACAUCGCCUCUCCUCCUACUACUCCGCUGGACAUCUAUUCUCCCUUCACAUAUCAGAACGUUGCCCCGCCGAUGUCUGCCCCGGCCCAGGUCUCGACCUUCCCGGAGUACGUCACCUGCGAUCCGGUCCCCAUGUCGGCUCGAAGCUGGGCAGAUACGGGCUCGCUCUCCUCGCCGGAAUUCCAAAGCGGUCUGCAAGUACCACACUCCGCCACCGUGUCCCCCAUUGGUUACGAUGCGGUUGUUGAACACACUGGCCAGGCCUUUGGGAUGGAGCCUGUGUCCGGGUCACCGUCACUCAUCUAUUCAAUUGAAGACGUUAACCAGUCAGGCUCGAUGGAUGAGAGGAAACAAGCUGAGUUCAGGAUGCAUGACUUUGCCGAGCAGCAGCAUGAUAGCUAUUCUGCGCAUCUGGCUUCGGUCCACAGGCCGAAGGCAUACACGUUUGCCAACAACACGACUCCGACCAACUAUCCCUCCUAA